AUGUCACCACUUCCCGAAAACAUCAUCGAUGCACAUGUGCAUUUCUGGCAUCCUGAUCAGGUGUAUAUUCCCUGGAUGCGAAAUACGGCUUUCAAUAAACGAUUGGAUGCUGAACAAUAUGCAUUGGAUGUCGAGAAAGUGAAAGUGUCGUCAGCAGUUUAUGUGGAAACCGAUGUUCAUCCGGUGCACGGACUGGUGGAAGCUGACUGGAUAAGAAGGUACAGUGAGGAAAUCAAGCCAUCAGCUGCUUUUGGGGGGAUUUCGGCCAUUGUCGCCUAUGCGCCUGUGGACCACGGCAAGGACGUUCAAGGUUACAUUGAUAUGCUCAUCAAGGUGGCCGGCGAUAAGCUGCGUGGGGUGCGACAUCUUAUCCAAGAUCCUUCCCUUGAUCCUUGGCGAGUCACAGACCCUUCUUUUGUGCAAGGAGUUCAAAUGCUGGGAAAAUAUGGGUUAACUUUUGACCUCAACAUCAACUGCCAUGCCGCCCCCGAGCAAUUUCCGCCGCUGCAGAUUCUCGUCUCACAAUGUCCGCAUGUCCAAUUCGUACUGGACCACAUGGCCAAGCCACCUUGCGACCGUUCCCCGGGUGAACCCGAAUUCGAGUUCUGGAAGUCUCAGCUGAUCGCCCUGGCAGAAUAUCCCAACGUUGCCUGCAAGGUGUCCGGGCUAGUGACCGAAACCGAGGAACAAGACUCACGCGGCCUGGUCCAGAGAUUGCAACCAUUUGUUGAAGUGGCCUUGACUGCUUUUGGGGAGGAUCGACUCAUGUUUGGUGGGGAUUGGUCUAUAUGCGAAUCAGCUGUGCCGUGGCAAACGUGGAUUGAAGUAUUGGUGGAGAUUGUCAAAGGCUGGUCAGAAGAAGCUCGGGACAAAUUAUUUCGACGCAACGCUGCCCGCAUUUAUCGUCUGUGA